AUGACGCCCAUUUUCCCUGAGGCAGAAACUAACGCCCAGAGGUCAAUGAACUGUCCCAAAGCCACACUGCUGGCUUGUGGUGGGGCAGCCACACCUGCUUCACAGCAGGCCGAAGGGCCAUCAUUCUACUUCCGGGAACCCAUCCCCAACCACCAGCCUGGGGCCGUUUUGCUCUCCGCAGCAGCAGGGAUCCCAGACCCUGAAGGGAACGAGUGGAGAGCAGCGCAGCCUGGCUCUGGGAGGCGGGCAGAGAAAAUCUUCCAGCGGGUCGCCCAGAGUGACCUCGAGACCAAGCAUUCCAGCGCCACCUCCCUCUCUGAGUGGUCGAGGAACCACUCCCAGCUGUUCGCAGCGGCGGUGGGCAACGUGGAGUGGCUGCGGUUCUGUCUGAACCAGGAUCGCGGGGAAAUCCGGAGCGACCGAAAGGGGUUCACUGCCAUCCACUUCGCAGCCCAGCGGGGCAAGCUAGCAUGCCUGAAGGUCCUGGUAGAGGAGUACAAGUUUCCUGUGGACCUGCCCACCAGCAGUGGCCAGACGCCCCUCCAUCUUGUCAUCCACAAAGACAACAAGACCAUGGCUGUGCUCUGUAUCCACUACUUGCUCAAGAAGGGGGCCCCCAUCAACAUUCCGACACGCAACGGCUCCACAGCCCUGCACCUGGCAGGCCGUGAGGGCUUGCUGGGCUGCCUGAAGGUUCUGGUGCAGCAUGGUGCCAAUGUCCACGCCCAAGAUGCCAGAGGCUGCAAGCCCAUCGACUACUGCAAAAUAUGGAACCACCGUGCCUGUGCCCGGUUCUUGAAGGAUGCCAUGUGGAAACGAGACAAGAAGGACUUUGCUUGUGAGAUGUGGAAACUGAAGCGCCUCAUGGAACACCUGACACUCAUGGAGCACAACUACCUGCUUAAGUAUCAAAAAGAACAUCAACUUCUGACAGAGGCCAAUUUCAGGAAGUGGCUCCAUGGCAAGCUGCCAUCCACGGUCUCCAGCACCAAGCAAGAGGCUUGCCCUAGUGCUCUCUCUGAGAUCUCAGGAUCCCAGAUUUCCAGAAGCUUCUACCACCGCAAGGAGGCCAGCCUGCAAAGCCAGCCUCGGCCUAAGGUGCCACCCGAGGCAAUCUACAGGCAGCCUAAAAUCAGUCAGCCCACGUUGUGGACUUCCAGCAAUGACCCUGCCAGGUCCUACCCCCGUGUCAUCAGCUGCCUACAGCCCAUUCCUCUGCGUGUUGGUCCAAACCCCCGCCAGGAACACGACUUCUGCAAUUUCCUGGAGAUCUCUCCAGACCCACAUGGUGGUGCACAGCUGCGUACGGUAGAUGGCCACUGGGUGGUGCCUGUACCCCAGCUCCCUUUCGAGGUGAUGAUCCGCAUGCUGCACCCAGGGGUGAAGCCAUACAGGAUGAAGGUGCCCCAGGGGUUUUAUGUCAAGAGCAUACUGGAUGUACCCCAGAGGCGGCACUUGGACCAGAACACCUUUUGGACAGACACCAUGGCCAUGAACCUACGUGAGACAUUUGAUGAGGCCUUCCUGGCAGCCAUACGAGCUCAUCAAGGGCUUUCUGCCUUGCCCUCCUCCACCACCCCCCUGUAAAGGUAUCCUGGUAGUGCCUAGAAUGAAACUACCCACUGAAGGCUGGCAUGGUGAUUCAUGGUGUGGAGGAAAGGGGGAGGCUUGCCUAUGAGCUUCCAAGCCCCAAGCUUCAUGACAGGAUCACUCUAUCUUCCCCCAAAACCUAGACCCCAGGCCUCCUCUCUGCAAAAUAUCUUAACUCUCCCAGAGAAUCCAAUAAGGCAGAGCCCUGAGGUUCAGACUGGGUGCCAUCAUUAUUCUAACAAUGUAAAAGUGACACUGGUUCCCCACUGCCUUCUUACUUCUACCCCAGCCCACCAAGAACAAGGCUUCUGGGAUGAAGGGACCCCUGGAAAUUCUGUCUCAUUCAAAUUAAGUUCUUUACUGUUGUAGGC